AAGGAAAAAAACGAAGUUGACGCUAGUAGCUUGUAGCCUAGCUAUGGAACCCUGCUACAGACAAACCUCGCUGGCCAACACUCCGCUCCUCUGUUAACAGCCUAUCUGGUCCAUUCACAGGAGCUGUAAAACAUAAGCGGAUCAAAUGGUUUAUGAGACUGCGCGGCCAUGGGUGACAUGAAAACCCCAGAUUUCGAUGAUCUCCUGGCUGCCUUUGACAUCCCAGAUGCCACAGGGUUGGAUGCUAAGGAGCCCAUCCAAGGAAGUCAUGAGGAGGCAGAGAGUCAGCUGAAGCACACGGGGAUGUGCCUGGACGACAGCUUGUUGAGCAACCAAGCGGUCACAACACCUGAUAUACCUGCUGUGAGUGUUAUUGUGAAAAACACAAGUCGCCAGGAGUCGUUGGAGGAUUUUGGCGAUAGGCUUCACUCAGGAUCACUAUUGCAAAAUGGAUUCAGGGGAGAAGAGACGACAACGGACCCUGCUGAAAUAACCAACAGCGGCUUCUCGAAAGCACUUGCCUCUGCUUUGAAUGGGGAGAGUUCACGAGAGUUUAUGGGAAAGGCACCUAUUCAGCCCAAACCGGAUGGAGCAGCAAUAUUUUCCCAGUCACAUUCUCAUUUUAGUCCCAUUUCCAGUCCUGAGUCUGAAGACACUCGGUGCGGUCGAGAUGAAAUGCAUCCAAAUCAAGCGAGACCCUGUUUCCCAGAAGCUCCAGUUUUGGUGGAGCCUUCACAACCAGACAAUCCAAAGGAAUUGGACCUCAGCAUGUUUGACGACUCUGAUAUUCCCAAGAACACUCACAGGAGCAAAGCAGAAAUUAGUAGAAGUGAGGAGCCCUCUGACGCCUGUGUCAGUAACAAAAUGGAUGUUACACUUAAAGCACACCGUGCACUUCCCCCGCCAAGCAGUAACCAGAACUUUAUUGAGACCAACUGCAAUUCAGGAACCAUAAUGGAUGUUCCCACCUCUUAUCCACAUGCUAAAUCCCAGACAUCUAAAUUAUCCUCUUGCCUUGAGGCGUUGGUAGCUCUGAAUGCUAGAACAGAUCCAAGUGAGCAGACGAAUCCUAGAGAGACGUCAGCAGUUCACAACGACUGCAUGAAAGCCAGCCCCAAGGUACCCAUAUCCCCACGGAGCCCCAGAAGUCCACUUGAAGCUGUGAAACGUUUAAUGAAACCCUCUGAUAGUCCCGCAAGUAUCUGCAGCGACAGUAGUGGCAAAGCAUCCCCUGCGGUGGCAUCUGGGUCACCGCCUGUUAUACCCAGGGUCAGAAUUAAGACCAUCAAAACCACAUCUGGGCAGAUCAAGCGCACGGUGACCAGUGUGCUGCCUGAUUCAGAAACGGAUGAAGUUCAUUCUACCUACGAAUCCUCUCCAUCUCAGAGUAUGAUCAGUGAAGACUCUUACUGUAACAUGUCUCCUCAUCAGUCUCAAAGUGCGGCUGUUGAUGUUGGAAUACAGAACAAAGGCGCCCCAGCGAGUGCAUCUUCACCAAAGGUUUUACAUAAGAAAUCAGAAGCAAUCUCCAGACGGUCAGGCACAACACAGGCCACAGCAGUAUUUCACAAAACCAACAGUCCUGUCAAAAGAUCUGCUGCACAUCAGAGGCAGAAACCAAAGAGGGUGUCAGCCACAACAGGCAAUCAAACGAGCACAAACUUCCUUCCCAAAGCAAUGCACUUAGCUAGUUUGAACCUGGUCCCUCACAGUGUUGCUGCUUCCGUCGCUGCACGGUCCACCUCUCAGCAACAAAGCCAACACACAAUCUCGUCUACGGUGUGCAGCACGGUCCCACUGGUGCAUCAGGUCAAAACAGCCAGCCCUUAUCCUCGAACGUCCAUUCCUAACACAGCAGCAGGAACCCUGAACAGACUGUUAAACAAUGCCAACCCUGUGCCUACAUAUGUGCCCAACCUGAGCCCCCCUCCAGAGAGCAAUAUCAACCUUCCACCACGCGGGUACUGCUGCCUGGAGUGCGGCGACUCCUUUGGCGUGGAGAGGAGUCUUGCGUAUCAUUACAGCAGGAGGAGCGUUCACAUCGAAGUCGGAUGUACACACUGUGCAAAGACGAUAGUGUUCUUCAACAAGUGUGCCUUGUUGGCUCAUGCCCGGGAGCACAAAAACAAUGGCACGGUCAUGCAGUGCACACAGCUCCACAUGAAACCCAUAGCAGAGGAACAAAUGUUUGCACCCCUGAGCGUGGAACCCGUGAAUGUGGACUCGUACACCUUGCCGUCACCCUCCGCUAAAAGCCAACCUGUCCUGCCCUUAUAUCCCGACAGCGUCAUUCGCCACCCACUCCGAUGCUUGGAGUGUAACAAGCAGUUACUUGACCACAAAGCACUCGCAGGCCAUUACCAGACGCCGGCAGAAGAUGUGGAAGGACUAAUAUGUAAGGUGUGCUCGAUGUUGCUUCCCAACAAGUGUAGCUUCAGUGCUCACCAACGCAUUCAUGGGCACAAGUCUCCUUACUGCUGCCCCGAGUGUGGUGCCCUGAGUCGCUCUGCAGACAUCCAGAAGCACGUCAAGGAAAACUGUCUGCACUACGCACGCAAGGCUUGGUACAAAUGUCUUCACUGUGAUAUGGUUUUCAAGACUUUUCAAGGACAAAAGACUCACAUUGAAGAGAAACACUGUGAGGUCUUUUAUAAGUGCUCCAUGUGUCCAGUUGCCUUAAAGACAUCUGACGGCUGUGAAGUUCAUUUGAAAAAUAAACACGGUGCUAACAAGACGACCCCUCAGUUAAUCUAUAAGUGUUCAUGUGAGACCAUUUUCAAGAAGAAGCAGUUACUGUUUCAGCAUUUCCAUCAGAAUGCCCACAAACGCGUCACCUGUGUUUUCAAGUGUCCAGAAUGCAACUCAGUUUUUCCACAAAAGCAGUUAUUAAUGCAGCAUUUCAAGGGUGUGCACGUCGGAAACACGACGGCAGAGACAGAGAAAAGCUGCAGACGAUCUGUCAAGGCCGACUGGUGCCAGGAUGCUCCUUCCCUCAAAAGACAGAAGAGUCACGGUCCCGUUAAACCCGCAGAUGGUCCCAGAAGAAAGACUGAGCAGGACGGCAGACCCCGUGUGAAGCCCGCUGGCUGGACGUGUGGGGAGUGUCUGCAGUCUUUCACAGAGAGAGAAUCCUAUGUUUCUCACAUGAAGACCAAACACGGCAAGUCAGUGAAGAAGUAUCCAUGUCGGCACUGUGAGCAGUCCUUCAACUCUCCAACCAGUCUGAGGAGACACAUUCGAAAUGACCAUGACGGAAAAAAGAAAAUUUACACUUGUUGGUAUUGCACGGAUACAAAGACAGUGUUCACGUCGAGCGUGAUGCUGAAGAACCACAUCAGUCUAAUGCACGGAAUCAAGAAUCCUGAUCUUGGCCUAAUGCCAAAAACUGCCGUCCUGGAGUCGAAAAAGGCUUUGGGCAAGGGACUUGUAUCAGAAAAAGCAGCUGUUGGCACACAGAGGGGGGAUCGCAUGGGGAGUUUCCAGGCUCCGUCAGCGAAGCGCCUGAAAACUCAGUUGCGCUGUUCAAAGUGUGGCUUCAUCACGGACAACAGUACACAGUUCCAGCAACAUAUACCUCAGCAUAAAACUGACGAGAACACUCCUCAGUGCCUCCACUGUGGCCUGUGUUUCGCAUCAGUGCUGUCUCUCAACAAACAUCUUUUUAUCGUACACAAAGUCAAAGAUCGUGAAGAAGAGGCGAUGGAGGAAGAAGGGGAGGAGGAGGAGAAGGCAGAAGUUGGGGAGAAGGAGCAGGAUAAUCAGUCGGGGAAAUCAGCAGAGACUGAUGAGGUAAAUAAUUUGUUACCAAAUGAAACUGAGCCCUCACAGGCAGAAGAGCCAGCGAGUCUGCACUGUGACAAGACCACGGACUGUAAUUUAAAACUGAGCGCUCACUCUCACACACAAACAGUCUCUCUCCGGCAAUGACGACGACUCUGUAAUGUUUCAGUAAUGUGUUCUUCAGUUUCCCUAAUGAAAUGUGUUUUUCAUGUAAAAAUAACAAGGGGUAAUUGGCGUUAAUGCAUGGAUUUGGUACAGAGCGGUUGGGCCAAGCAGUAUAUUCAAGCAGAUCCUUAACAUUUAGGAACAAACAGUAUUUUCAUAAAUGAGAGGACAAAAUUAAUAUUCAUAUUUUAAUAUUUUUAUUUAACUUUGCAUGUUGGUAAUGUAUUAAUUUCGCCUUCCAAGCAAACAGUAAGUGCACUCGUAUAACAUCUGAAGCCUUUUCUUUCGGGGGUUUGUUUUUUUUCUUUUUUCGAUCCACCCUGACGGGAGCCUCGGCAACGUCUGUUCGUUUGUAUGUCUGGUUGAUGUAACGGUGAUGGGGUGGAUUUUUUUUUUUUGCCUUUGUAACCAGCGGUUCAUUUUAAUAGCUUAAAUUUUGUCUGAAGUAUUUAAUACAACACAAAAUAACCUGAAUGGGAUUCAGGUUUCAGCCUUUACGUUGACUGUUGCAAUGAUUUUUGCAGUAUGAAACUAGAAUUUUAGCCGCCAUUUAUCACAACACAUAUAGCUCCGUAGUCAUGUAAAAGCAGUACUUCUGCAUUCAUGGUUCAACAGUUAAUUUUUUAUUUUAUUUUAAAGUAUCCUUUAAUGUCAAUUACAGGUGCAGAGUUGUCUGGCAAAGCAAAGCCUAUAAAAAUGAGGCUGUACACAAGAACAAGAGAUUACAUUACUCUUUACGUCUUAUUGAACGUGUUUAAUUUGUGGGUGCAUGAGUUGUCCUAGAUUUGGCCUUUUGUUUUAGAAAAGAAAAAAACUUUAUUUUGAAUGAGCAUUUUGGGAGAAACGUGGUGAGGGAUUUUGAUUUGUGGCGCCGCAGUAUUGACAAUACCUCAAAUAGCCAGAAGUGUAUUUUUUAGGCAAGUGACCGUCAAAUGUAAUGUCAAAACAGGGUACAUUGUUUUGGAUCAUCCAGAGCAGGCGUAAAAGUGAAGUAUGGCGGCAUAUUGGAGAUAAUGUUUAGGAAAUCAGGACCUGCUAACAUGACGACAAUAAGAUGGGAUUAUCCUUCUCACUCCCAGGUCUUGAUUUGUAAAGCAACACCUAACGUUUAGUUAUGAACACAUGACAGCUCCUACCUCCGUGGUAAAUGGCAGUGAUUGUUGAUAGGGUGUGAAGAGUCACAGGAAAAAUUUCAGUGCAAUGUAAAGAAGAAAAUUAGUUUAUAAAAAUGUGUAUUAUUCCACAUUAUGAAAUUUUAUAAAUUAUUUUGGGAAUGAUAGUAAGGUUAUAUGGUCAUAUUGACUCAACUGGCAAAUGAACUUUUCUAUGUGAGUGCUAUACGAGCCCUUUAUUUCUCUGUAAUCUUUAGAUCACGGCUCUGCAGCGGCUGGAGAGAAUGACUUGUUCUUUUGUAAUGCUUGUUGAAAGAGAUUUGUACUUUUGAUACUGUGUACAGUGAGGAGACUCGUGUUGGAAAGUGACCCGUGUACAUACAGUAGCCAAUGAAACCCUUGGAUUCACAGCAUUUCUUAAGCCAUUACAUCUGUUCAGCAUGCAGUGGCCCAUGUGCCUUGCUGGUAUGUUUACGUAAAGUACUUACAAAUAAAUCUGUGCAUUUAAUUAUA